AUGUCAUCCCUGAGUCAGGCAAGCCUCCUCCACAGGCACAAGGGCACCCUCUUCUCCGCCAUGUCUUCCAAAGAACUCCUCGAUUCCUUGGAUUCUUUUGAUGCAAGAGAAGAUGACAUAUUUCUCGUUUCCUACCCAAAAUCUGGAACCCACUGGGUGGCGGAAGUCAUUGAGAACAUCCCCGGUGCUGGAAUCACUCUCACAUACCCUAUUGAAUGGGGAGACAUUUCUAAGUUAGAGGAGCUGAAAACAGUGGCUAAGCGAAGGGUUAUCCCCACACACCUGAGCUAUGAAAUGACUCCUGUGUCUGUGAAACAGAAGAAAUGUAAGAUUGUGUACAUCGUCAGGGAUCCGAAGGAUACAGCCGUGUCUCUGUUCCACUACUACAGAGACAACCCCAACCUCCCAUCCCCUGACACGUGGCCUUCGUUUUUAGAGCUGUUCCUCAAAGGAGAAGUUGUGUACGGUUCCUGGUUUGACCAUGUUUUGAGCUGGGAAAAGCACAAAAAUGAUAAAAACGUCCUGUUCCUAUUCUAUGAAGAAAUGAAGGAAGAUUUAGUUAAGACCAUAAAGAAGAUGACUGCUUUCCUUGGCAUCAGUGUGGAUGACACUGAGAUGAGUAAGAUCGCUCAGAAUACAUCGUUCAGUGAAAUGAAAAGUAACGCAGUUAAAGAAAAUUGUGAUCCCAAUCACACCGUCUGUGCCCUCACGUCCGACAGGAACCUGGUGUUCAGAAAAGGAGUGGUGGGUGACUGGAUAAACUACUUCACUCCGAAGCAGAAGAGUGUCUUUGAUGAACUAUUCAGAGAGAAGAUGAAACACAGCGAUGUGGGCAGAUGCCUGGAGGAGUAUGGAACACAGAUGGGACACGAAGUCGAUUUCCAUUCUCUGCAGCGCAGUGCCUAGAAAACGUGUAAAUAUUCUUUACGUUGUGGAAAGCAGAUAUUUCUUUCCACGAG